AUUUCAUCAUUUCCACACCUCGCGGACUCCCGAUCACAAGAAUUGUCUAAAAACCACAUUAAUAUUUUAUAGUUAACGGUUCGUACGGGAGUCGGGCCUGAGAGACUGGCGAGGGAGAUCCAAUUUGCUUUCCAACGUGUCAUGCGUUCCUCUUUGCCAUAAUGGAGAAUGUUGGUGGCUGGAUGGAGCACUCUUGGACUAAAUUGAUUAUUUGUGCAUCGCAUACUCUCCGCGGAUAAUUUGCCAACUGAUGGCUAGGUCUGUAUCUGAAAAGCCUUUGUGCUUAUGCUGAGGCAAAAUGUCUCUUCAAAAGUUGGAUUCUGAAUAAAAUCGCGCCCUUCUUCUGUCCAUGGACGACCAAAAACAAAGAAAGAUGACAGCAUCGGAGGUCCUCGGGUGAUCGCGCGAUCUAAAGCCUUGAAAUCCUGAGGAUUUGAUCAGAGCGUACCGAUAGACUCUCGCAAACUCUCUUCUCGUCUCACUGUUGGCUACGCCGCCAUAUUGGCAGCGCUUCCAUAGGCCUCCAGUUCAGACUUUGACAAAAUGUUUUCAUUUUCAAUUCUGUGGAUUUUUCUUGCGGGAGCUUGGGCGAAAUAUCAGCUGCCUGUGGGAAUAGUCAUCAACGACCCUGACAUGAAGAGAGCCUACGACUUUGCCACAGCGAGGAUAAACUCCAUUAAAAAUAAUGGCAACCCAUAUCGAUGGCAUCCUGUUUUAAGUGAAAAUAGAACGGAUAUGAAUGAUAACUACAAGUUGAGCGAAACAUUGUGUAAUCUGAUGAACAAAGGCGUUGCGGCAAUUAUCGGUGCCAACAGCGCAGAGUCGUUCAACACCAUACAGUCAUUCAGCCACGCCCUCAAAGUGCCUUACAUCGUCCCAACCGCCACGAGAUCUGAGCCAUAUGACUAUUAUGGUUAUGAAGUUUCCAUGGCACCUCCUUUGAUUGAUGCAGUGAUCAAAGUUAUUGACAUUCUUUACUGGCAGAAAAUAUAUUAUGUGUACGAUUCCGACGAUGGUUUGUGGCGUCUACAAAAGUUGUAUAACCACAUCCAAGGACAGGCGUUCUCCCGGGUUUUAGACGCAUUCCGGAUCCGGGAUGUUGACAGUUCCUACGACCUGCUCCGUCACCUUGACUACAAGGACGAAGAGGACUCGCUACGUAGGAUCGUUCUUGACCUUUCCUCAACUAGUGCCUACCAGAAGAUACUUACCCAGAUCAUAGAUGUUGGAAUGAACAGAGAAAACUAUCACUAUAUACUAGCCAGUCUGACCGCCUAUGACUUGAAUAAUCGACGUUUCUUUGAUGUAUUUAAAUACGGAGGUGUAAACAUAACAGCCUUUAAAAUCAUACAAGAUAAAAGUGACGCAUACAAAAAAGCUGAGCAAUUGUGGAAAUCCAAACAAUCGAACUACCCAGACCUCUUCCCUUUAUCGACAGAAUCAGCCUUGCUGCUCGACACUGUAGAAGCUGUACAUAAAUCGUUACAAAUCGGUGCCCUCCGGACCAAGCAAGGUGGCAUGGACAGAGUGUAUUGCAGGAACCCUGGCAGGUCCAAGUCGGAGAAUGGGCCACGUGUUCUUCAACAGCUAAUACAGUAUUCAUUUACUGGAUUAACUGGAGGUGUUGGAUUCGAUAACCAGGGAAUGAGAAAUGACUUUAAAAUUGAUGUUUACGAAUUGACGCACAAGAAAGACUUUGAACAUAGACAGUCAUGGAACAGAAGGGAGCUGGAUACAAAGGACAACAUUAAUAGAACCUUAAAUACAUCAUCUAAAAACAAGACUCAAGUGGUUACCACUAUCAUGGUAUCGCCAUUUGUAAUGAAGAAAAAACUUACAAAUGGUGAGCCUCCAGUCGCCGGUAACGAGUAUGAAGGUUACUGUAUUGACCUCGUUGGCCUGGUAGCCAAACAAGCCAAUUUUGAAUUUCGUAUUGAAAUCGCCAGCGAUUAUGGAAGAAAGAAUGAGUCUACUGGUCAGUGGUCAGGCAUGGUUGGAGAACUGAUCAAUGGUACACGACAGAUUGCUGUAGCGCCAUUGACCAUCACCGAAGACAGGGAGCGCGUUGUGGACUUCUCCAAGCCUUUCAUGAACACAGGAAUCAGUAUCAUGAUCAAGAAACCCGACAAAGUAAAACCGGGCGUUUUCUCCUUCAUGGAACCGUUGGACCGAUAUGUUUGGCUCUGUAUAGCUGUUGGCUUCCUGAGUGUCAGCUUUGUACUCUUCUUUGUGGGCCGCUUCAGUCCUUUCGAAUGGACUGUGGAUGGCAAUGGGAAGAAAGAAGCCAACAACACCUUCACUAUUUCCAACACAAUGUGGUUCUCUCUGGGAGCUUUGAUGCAGCAAGGGUCUGAUAUAUCUCCAAGGUCUUUGUCUGGACGGGUGAUCGGCAGUGCCUGGUGGUUCUUCACUCUUAUCAUUAUAUCUUCCUACACAGCCAAUUUAGCAGCCUUCUUGACUAUUGAGAAGAUGUUAACACCUAUUGAUUCUGCAGAUGAUUUAGUAAAUCAGAAAGAGAUCAAAUAUGGAACAUUAAGAACUGGAACCUCGUGGGAUUUCUUUAAGGAUUCAGAAGUCCAGGUUUUCAGGCAAAUGUAUGAGACUAUGGAGGCUAAUAAAAACGAAGUUAUGCUGUCUGACGUAGAGCUUGGGGUGGCAAAAGUAAGGAAGUCGAAAGGGAAGUACGCGUUUAUGUUGGAGUCUUCGAUGAACGAUUACCACAGUCAGCAAGAACCCUGUGACACGAUGAAGGUGGGCGACAACUUGGACAACAAAGGCUACGGGAUAGCAACUCGUAUAGGAUAUCCUUUAAGAGACGAAAUCAACAUUGCUGUGCUUGAGCUCCGGGAGAUAGGAGAACUCCACAAACUAAGAAGGAAAUGGUGGUACGACAAGGGUAAAUGUGGAGACGUUGAUGGAUCAAAGGACGCUACCCAGAGCGCCCUUACGUUGAGCAAUGUAUCUGGAAUCUUCCACAUCCUCAUUGGGGGACUUGUGCUGGCAAUGAUUACGUCGGCUUUGGAAUAUUUAGCACAGAAAAAAUUAAAAGCAAAUCGUGCCAAGGAAAAUGCCAAAACACAAGCACGUACAAAUGCAAACCAAAACCCAGUGAGAAGGGAAAACUUUGAAUCCUUUAAUACUGGCGCUGCUUUUUCUCCUGAGCAGGAGAACGGAGGGGUACUGUUUCGACAAUGAUUUGCUUGAUAACAGGCAAACACAAGUACCACUUUGCACCAGCUGGGCAGCUCAUCACCUUUGAGACUCCUCCGAAAGGAAACCAGACGGAAAUCUAAUUUGAAUAUGUGACAAACUGCCAAAAUAUUCCAAUGGAGUCUCUGUUCUUUGAUGUGUGGAAAAUCUCAGAUUCUUCCAGUAACUAUCUUCUGAGGAAUUCAGUGAUAUCAAAGGGACACAUGCCCUUUCACUGAUAACUUGAUAAUAAGGAUAUUAUAUGUAUCUUCCAAUAAUAUUUUUGUGUCCAUGUGAUAUUUUAAUAUGAUGAUUGACUGUGGUAUUUCAAAAUGUAGACUUAACAUUGGUCGAUAUGACGUUGGUGUGACACAAAACGUCAACGGCAGAGAAACAUUUUCAAGAUAUCAGUGACAAGGUACAAAUGUGACAUAUGCCUUUUGUAUCGAAAAUUAUGACCAUUUGAAAAAUGUAUGGAUACUACUGGUAUUAGCACAGACUGGAUGCAGGUACUGUCCCCCAGAUCAAGUAAAUAGAUAAUAUGAAAAAAACGAGGCAUAUUUUUUGUUUCAAUGGUUGUAAAUGACAGAAAGUAAUUAUGAAAUAGAGACUUCAGAUGAGUGCUAUUCAACCACACAUUCCAUCACUGAUAAUCCAUAUCCCCAUUUGUAUAUAGUUCAUUUUGAUAAUGGUACUCAUGUUAAUCCUUCUUCAAGUGCUUAACCGUUUUGUUAUGUAACACCAUGAUAACUUCACACGUUUUGUUAAAAUACACAUUCGAUGGUUUAUUGAAAUCUCUACACGUCUCUGCAGGUGUUGUCAUGGUAACAUUCACACAAGUGCACAAAACCACUAGUAGUUGAAUUGGUUCAUUGAAAUGAAUACCCCAGUGUCGAAAUACUGUUGCAACAUCUAUCGCACGUUCAUAGAUAUAUGCUGGGAUGUUUUAGGUAGCAUUAAGUGCUUGUGUUGAACACAAUCAUAUAACAAUGGCUUGUACGGCAACUAUUCAAUCAAGAACAUUCUCGGAAAACCUCUUUAACUUAUUCAUAUAAAACCAAUGAUUUGCCAAUGAAUAUAAGGUUUUGUUCAAUCUUUGUAAUAAAUAUGCGACUUCUAAAGUCAUCUGAUGUA